AUGUCGAAUUCAUCAGCUCACAGUGCAUCAGUCAAAGAAUUCUUUGUCAAUGGACAUGAGGGAGAAAGAAGCGUUGUCAUGAAUGAGAACGAUACAGUUAUAUUGAAAUGUAAUGUGGAUAGCAACCCUGGAUCUGACGUUUCCGUUUAUUACAAAGAUAACGUGUUGAUGUCACAAACUGAUUCAAAAUCAUUGGCUUAUUCUAUUGUAUCAGUAACAUGUAUUGAUAGAGGCGAGUACAGCUGUGUAGGAUUUAAUCAAUACAAUGUCAAUCUUUCUUCAAAAUCUCUCCAUUUAUUUGUAACUUGCUCUCCACGCCCAUCACCAUUUAUUACAUUGAAGCAACAUGUAACAAGUGCACAACAUAAACCAGCAGUUUUAUCUUUUACAACACUGGCUUAUCCUGAACCAAACAAGGAUGACUUUAAGUGGUACAGAUUUAGUAGUAAGGAGUGGCAAUUACUAUCAAACAGCGGAGAAUUUCAGAUAGAAACAUCAAACCUACAGACAAACCUUACACUCAAGAAUGUAAAUCGGACUUAUUAUGGAAUGUAUAAGCUGAACAUUACAAAUGAGUUUGGAAGUUAUCAACAGAAAUAUUACCUAUAUCCAGCAGGUAACCCAGAAGCGCCAACAGAGUUUCGACAUAUACCUGAACUUGUUACAAAGACAGCAGUUACAUUACAGUGGAACCCCGGUUUUGAUAAUGGUCUGGAACAGAUAUUUAUACUAAGAUACAAGAAAGUAUCCGACAUUGACUGGAUAAGUGUAUCUAUACCGGAUACAGGAGAGACAGUGAUCAGCUAUACUAUUAUCAUGCUAUCUAGCGGAACCGAGUAUGAGGUUGUUUUAUACGCUUCCAACGAACUAGGGAAUUCAAGUGAAACAGCUCUGAGAUUUACAACAGAUAUGGAUGAUAUAUCAUCGCAUAACUCUGCCUUACUCGGAGGGACAAUAGGAGGAAGUGUUUCUUGUGCAGUUGUUGUCAUAUUUGUUGGCUUGCUUUUACUUCGAAGAUUCAAAUGUAAAAACAAAUCAGAUAGGAGCCAUGAAAACAUUACAGCGAUUACAAAUGAGUACAUGGAUUUACAGCCUGUUAGAGAAUACAUGAAUGAUAAACCAGAAUAUGACCUACUGCAAAGUAAUCAUUAUGGUACAUCUCAGUUACAAAGUGAUGGAGACAAUGUAAUGGGUUCAAAGCAGAUUGCUAAAAAUCAACCGGAACACACGUACCACAAUACAGGUUUGUAUCUUAUCAUGCAGAGUCCAUCAAUCCGUAAAAUGAGUUUUUCAAAACGUAGCUGGACGCACUAA